CAUCCCCAAGCAUGGCUCGCCUCUGGUUCACAGUCUAAAAUUAAACUCCAGCAGGGCCAACUGCGCUUCCAUCCACUUGGCUGGCAGGUUUUCCUGUCAGAGGUCCUCAGCCAAGCGAGCCCCGAGGCUCUGCUGGAGGGACUCAGAGGAGCAGAUUCAGGAUUAUCAGGUCCAUAUCCUGGAGGCCUUCGCUACAAGGAAGUACAUUCAACGCCGAGUUAGGAUUAUACAGUCAGCUGAGACAUUUUGCCAGGAUUAAGACCUGUUGGGAGUCUCCAGAAUGGCAGCCAACUCAGAUGCGGCCAAGCCGGUGAUCAUGAACGAGGAGGAACUGAAGAGGAAGCAGCGGGAGAAGCUGAAGAAGUUGCAAGCCACAGGCGGCAACCCGCGACCUGCCAGAUCCCUCUUCUUCUUCACUCUUAAAAAUCCUUUCCGCAAGGCCUGCAUCAACAUCGUGGAGUGGAAAACCUUUGAGAUCAUCAUCUUACUGACCAUCUUUGUAAAUUGUGUAGCCCUGGCGGUGUUCCUGCCCAUGCCUGAAGAAGAUAGCAAUAACACAAAUUCCAGCUUGGAGAGUCUCGAGUACAUCUUCUUGGUCAUCUUCACAUUAGAGUGCUUUCUGAAGAUCGUGGCCUAUGGGUUUGUGUUCCAUGAAGGUGCAUAUUUACGGAACUGCUGGAACAUACUGGAUUUUGUCAUCGUCUUCAUGGGUCUCGUCACCUUUGCCUUGGAUACCAUCAAUACGAUAGCAGGUGUUCCAAUGGAAAAAGGAGGGGGCUUUGACAUGAAGGCGCUGAGGGCCUUCAGGGUCUUGCGUCCCUUACGUCUUGUCUCUGGAGUCCCCAGCCUGCAGGUGGUGAUGAACUCCAUCCUCAAAGCCAUGCUGCCCCUGUUGCACAUCGCCCUGCUGGUCUUCUUAUUGGUCACCAUCUACGCCAUCAUGGGAUUGGAGCUCUUCAAGUGCAAAAUGCACAAAACCUGCUACUACACAGAGACAAACAUCUAUUCAACAGCAGAGGGUGAGAUGCCCGCACCCUGCGCACAGGCCGGCAACGGUCGCCGCUGCAUGAUCAAUGGCUCCGAGUGUCGACCGGGCUGGGAAGGUCCCAACAAUGGCAUUACCCACUUUGAUAACAUCGGCUUCGCUAUGCUUACAGUCUACCAGUGUAUCACAAUGGAGGGAUGGACUAAAGUUCUCUACUGGAUAAACGAUGCCAUAGGAAAUGAAUGGCCUUGGGUCUAUUUUGUUCCACUCAUUCUUGUGGGCUCCUUCUUUGUGCUCAAUUUGGUUCUGGGUGUGCUCAGUGGAGAGUUUACCAAAGAGCGGGAGAAAGCCAGAUCUCGAGGAGAAUUCCAGAAGCUGCGCGAGCGUCAGCAGCUGGAUGAGGACCUGCACGGCUACAUGGAGUGGAUCACCCACGCUGAGGUCCUGGAUGCUGACAGAGAGGGCAAAGGUCUACUACCUUUGACCAGUGGAGAUUCUGACACUGACAGCCUGUACGACCUGGAGGGCAAAAGUCGGGUGGUCUACUACUAUCGCUUGGCUCGUCGUUGGAACCGCUUCUUCAGGAUGAAGUGUCUGGUUUACGUGAAAACCAGAGGCUUCUACUGGCUGGUGAUGUUCCUUGUCCUCCUCAACACGCUGACCAUAGCGACAGAGCACCACCACCAGCCGGCUACACUCACUGCUCUCCAAGAUGUGGCGAGCCGUGUCCUCCUGGUGCUCUUUGUCAUUGAGAUGUUUGUGAAAAUGUACGCUCUGGGUCCCAGGGCGUAUUACAUGUCACUGUUCAACCGUUUUGACUUCUUCGUGGUGCUUUGCGGUAUCCUGGAGAUGAUUAUGUUGUCGGUUGGAGAGGUGACCCCCCUGGGAUUCUCUGUACUCAGGUGUAUUCGGCUUCUAAGGAUCCUCAAAGUCACAAAGUAUUGGACGUCUCUCAGUAACCUCGUAGCCUCCCUGCUCAAUUCUGUACGCUCCAUCGCCUCCCUGCUCCUCCUCCUCUUCCUCUUCAUCGUCAUUUUUUCACUGCUGGGCAUGCAGGUGUUUGGGGGGAAAUUCAACUUCCCCAACCACAGACCCAGACGAAGUAACUUUGACAACUUCCCUCAGGCUCUCAUUAGCGUUUUCCAGAUCUUAACAGGGGAGGAAUGGACCGCUAUCAUGAACAAUGGCAUUAUGGCAUAUGGUGGACCGGUUUUCCCUGGCAUUCUGGUUGCCAUCUACUUCAUCGUCCUCUUUGUCUGUGGAAAUUACAUUCUUCUCAACGUCUUCUUGGCCAUCGCAGUUGACAACCUUGCAGAGGCUGAGAGUCUGACCUCAGCUCAGAAGGAAAAGGCAGAGGAGAAGAUGAGACGAAAACUCUUACGGUCUAAAAUGCCCGACAAGACAGAUGAAGAGAGGGAGAGGAUCUCAAAGAAACUGGCUGAGCAGAGAUCCAAGAUGGAGGGCAUGCCGACCACAGCCAAGCUCAAAAUUGACGAGUUUGAGUCCAAUGUCAAUGAAGUGAAAGACCCUUUCCCCCCUGCAGACUUUCCAGGCGACGACGAGGAGGAGGAGCCUGAAAUCCCCAUCAGCCCUCGGCCACGACCCAUGGCCGACCUGCAGUUGAAGGAGGAAGCUGUUCCGUUGCCUGAAGCCAGCUCUUUUUUCAUCUUUGGCCCACAAAACAAGUUUCGUAAACUGUGCUACAAGAUCAUCAACGCCUCCUCUUUUACUAAUUUAAUCUUGCUGUUCAUCCUGCUGUCCUCCAUUUCCCUGGCAGCCGAAGACCCCAUUGAUCCUAAUUCUUAUAGAAACCAGAUCUUGGCCUACGCAGAUAUCGUCUUCACAACUGUGUUCACCAUUGAGAUUGUACUAAAGAUGACAGUUUACGGAGCAUUCAUGCACGAGGGCUCAUUCUGUCGCAACUCCUUCAACAUCCUGGAUCUGAUUGUGGUUGGAGUCUCUCUGCUCUCAAUGGGCAUGGAAUCCAGUGCCAUCUCUGUGGUGAAGAUUCUCAGGGUGCUCAGGGUGCUGAGGCCUCUCAGGGCUAUCAAUCGAGCUAAAGGCUUAAAGCACGUCGUCCAGUGUGUAUUUGUGGCCAUCAAAACCAUCGGAAACAUAGUCCUGGUCACCAUGUUGCUAAAUUUCAUGUUUGCCUGCAUUGGAGUGCAACUUUUCAAGGGGAAAUUCUACAGCUGCACAGACCCAUCCAAAAUAACAGAGGAGGAAUGCCAGGGAUUCUUCAUCAAGCACAUAGAGAAUUCUCUACAGGACACAGUGUUGGCCAAACGGGAGUGGCUCAACAAUGACUUCAACUUUGACAAUGUGCUCAAUGGCAUGCUGGCUCUCUUUACCGUUUCCACAUUUGAGGGCUGGCCAAAACUCUUGUAUAGAGCCAUAGACUCGGACCAAGAAGACAUGGGGCCCGUCUUCAACAACCGGGUGGACGUCUCCAUUUUCUUCAUCAUCUACAUCAUCCUCAUCGCCUUUUUCAUGAUGAACAUCUUUGUGGGCUUUGUCAUAGUCACAUUUCAGGAGCAAGGCGAGCAGGAGUACAAGGACUGUGAGCUGGACAAGAACCAGCGCCAGUGUGUGCAGUACGCCUUGAAGGCUCGACCGCUGAGGUGCUACAUCCCCAAAAACCCAUACCAAUACAGAGUUUGGUACAUCGUCACCUCCUGCUAUUUUGAGUACCUCAUGUUCUUUCUGAUUAUGCUCAACACGUUGUGUCUGGGGAUGCAGCACUGUAACCAGUCAGACCACGUGACCAAGCUUUCGGACAUUCUCAACUUGAUCUUCACCGUGCUCUUCACCGUUGAGAUGAUUCUCAAGCUCAUGGCCUUCAAAGCAAAGGGCUACUUUGGAGACCCUUGGAAUGUGUUUGACUUCAUCAUUGUUGUUGGCAGCGUUGUUGAUGUCAUCCUGAGUGAAGUGGACAGUGCCCUGGCUGCCAGUGGAGGACUGUACUGUCUCCAAGGCUGUGCUGACACAAAUCCCAUGCAAGCCAUCGCCGCCUCAGAAAAUGCCUCCGUCUCCAUCACAUUUUUCCGCCUCUUCCGUGUGAUGCGCUUGGUGAAACUGCUGAACCGCUCUGAGGGCAUCCGGAACCUCCUGUGGACCUUCAUCAAGUCCUUCCAGGCUCUUCCCCAUGUGGCUCUGCUCAUUGUCAUGCUCUUUUUUAUAUACGCUGUUAUUGGAAUGCAGAUUUUCGGCAAGAUCGCCUUAGUGGACGGCACCGAAAUCAACCGCAACAACAAUUUCCAGACGUUCCCUCAGGCGGUGCUUAUGUUAUUCCGAUGCGCAACUGGAGAAGGUUGGGAGGAAGUUAUGAUGGCAUCAAUGUACGGAAAGAAAUGCGACCCCAAGUCUGACUUCCAGCCUGGAGAGGAGAACACCUGCGGCUCCAACUUUGCCGUCUUCUACUUCCUCAGCUUCUACUGUCUCUGCGCCUUUCUGAUCCUCAACCUGUUUGUUGCCGUCAUCAUGGACAAUUUCGACUACCUGACGCGUGAUUGGUCACUGCUCGGACCACAUCACCUUGAUGAGUUUAAGAAGAUUUGGGCUGAAUAUGAUCCUGAGGCUACAGGCCGAAUUAAGCAUCUGGACGUUGUGACGCUACUGAGACGCAUCCAGCCUCCUUUGGGCUUUGGCAAGUUCUGCCCUCAUCGUGCAGCUUGCAAGCGCUUGGUUGGCAUGAACAUGCCACUCAACAGUGAUGGAACUGUCACCUUCAACGCCACCCUCUUUUCUCUGGUCAGAACAGCACUCAAGAUCAAAACAGAAGGAAAUUUUGAGCAGGCCAACGAGGAACUUCGAGCGAUUAUCAAGGCAAUCUGGAAGCGCACAAGCAUGAAGUUGUUGGAUCAGGUCAUCCCUCCAAUAGGCGAUGAUGAGGUCACCGUGGGAAAAUUCUAUGCCACUUUCCUGCUCCAGGAUCAUUUGCGUAAGUUCCUGAAGCGCCAGGAAGAGUACUACGGAUACCGGCCAACCAAAAAGAACGCUUCCGGCCCCGAGAUCCAGGCAGGUCUGAGGAGUAUCGAGGAUGAGGUGACUGCAGAAAUGCACAGAGCUAUUUCUGGAGACCUGCAGAAUGAAGAAGAAAUGGACAGAGCAAUGGAGGAGGCUGGAGAAGAGCAUAUUUACCAGCGCAGACACGGCUUGUUUGGGAAUCGGGAAGAGCCAUUCGCAACUGAGAACACCCACACUCAACCGCCGCAUAUGACCAACCAGAGGCCCCUCAAAUUCUUGGAAAACCAGCCCGAGUCGGCACUCGUCUCUUCCGGCGUGGAGCCCGUUACAGACUUUCUACCCACAACGGCCCCCAAAAGCAACACGAACAACAAUGCCUUUGCAGAAUUGUCAUUGAAAAGAGAAGGAAGUCCCGAAGAGCCCGACAGUCCCAGUGAGGACGCAGAGACGGAUAACCCUCACUCCUGGGACUUCACAGUGAGAACAGAUAGAACACAGUUCCCCUACGAACCGAGGCUCAGUGACAGUCCGAAUUCAGCUGAUCAUGAAGCCAAGAAUGAGACGGCCGACGAUGUGCACAGCACAAUAGAAGACUUGGAAGGCGCGGCCCGGGCUAUCCUCAAGAAGAAGCGACGCAUCCCUGUGCCUCCUGGCGCCUCUGCUGACCCCCCACUGAAAACAGAGCAGCCGGACCCAGCUGUGAGGAGGAAGAGACGUCCUGUUCCGACAACUCCCUCCACUCAUGGUCCGCACAGGACCGAACAAUACGAGGGCGACUCGAACGUUUAGAGACGUACACACGUGGUCAUUUAUUGCCUGACAUUUUUAAGAGGAGGCGACUUCAUCCUUAAAAGCACAUUGGCCGUUCCAGCUUUGAAUAAAAUGUGGUUGAAACACAUUCUUGAACACCUAUGCGCUCUGAUUGAAACUGAAAGAUUAGUUUCUUUGCCAAAUUCAAAUAGGGCACAUGACCCCUGAAUGAUCAGAAAUUCUCCCGUGUUCUGUUUCGUUUAAAAUUUAGACAAAAGAUCUGACAAAAGACACAAAUCACUGUUUACAUGCUGUAUUCAUUUGUAGCGGUGGACAGCCAAAAUGGUCAGUGCAAAUCACAUUUCUUUAUUGGAGUUCUUCAGUUUCAAACACAAUAAUAUUUUUGAUUGAAUGACGGGUCAUGAUUUAACAAUGGUAGUUAAUGUAUUUGUUAUGAGCAGCGUUGUACUGAAAACUGAUUGCACGAGGAUGGAGCCAACGGAAGGUGUCUCCCUGUCAAACAUAAAUAUUAAGUGUUACCUUCAACGUGGAACACCAGCUGUUUUGUGAAACUGGUUGUCUUCCAUGUUCUUAUUUCAAAAUAUUCCGACACAACAGAUGAUGCGGGGUUAAGUCAUUCAUUGCAGCUUUGAAUUUUCACCAUCAUAAAAAUAUUUAUGAACCGUACAGGCGAUGGUUGACGUAAUUUUCUUUAAUAUACAUUCAAGUUAAAGUAAUGUGAGGAGUAAAACUACUCAAAAAGGUGCCUAAAUGUGCCAUUUGGGAUUAAACGUCUGGUCGUUUUCAUGCUAGUUAUUUGCCAAUGCGCAUUCACUUAGCAUCUGCUUGGUAUGAUACAUUCGUGAAUGUAGCUGAAGGGCUCAAACACAAAAGCAAACCUUGUUUUUUGGGGAGGGGAGGUUGAAUUAUGUACUUGAUGUGUUUUUUUGUUUUUUUAUUUUUAGUUUGUUUUGCCUUCCAUGUUAAGAUAAUAUUUUGUAUUUAGGGUAUUCUGAGAUACAGAUUAAGCCAUGAGGAGGUUAGAUUGUGGUUUAAAAAAAUCUAAUUUGUGGAAAAGGCUUUUCAAAAAGGUCUUAUUUCACUGCAAAAGUAGAUAAAGCCAAGAAAAAGAUGUCAAAUUUUCACAUAAGUAUACAAUUAUACUGAAAUUGUAUUAUGAAGUCAAAUUAUGUCUUAAUCUUAGCCCUUACAAAAGUUUUACGUGAUUAUCACAAUUUACUCCUAACUUUUAACUGCAUUCAAAGCCUUUAUUUUAGGUAAUUUAUUAUUUUUUGAAAUGGGAGUCAUUUAUUUCGCAGCAUUAUGAAAUGUAAUGUUGAACGAUGCCGUGAUUGGCAAUCUGCGAGAAGGUCUGUCUGUAAUUUUUGCAAUUCAACUCUUCCGUUGAUAGUUACUAAAUCAUUAUAAUGCUCAUAUUGUACUGUGAAGUUAUACCUUUUAUGUCACAGUAAAUUUUACUCCUGGCAAACUUCUGCAGUGACAUCACAAAAUUCCAAAGAAAACGCAAAAGUUGGUGUGUAAGUUUACAACUCCAGGUUUUUUUUUUACUUGAUCCAUUUUCCAAAUUUCCCACUUUCGAGCCAUUUUUCUUUUUAAAGUAACCAUUAUAAUGUAGGCAAAGGCAGUUUUUUUGGGCGGGGCGGGGGAUACUGUAUGUAUAAACCUGGGUGUUUUUUUUUCUCCUCCUGCAAGCGGAGCAAAAGUGACAUUAAGCAAGGUGGGUAACAGUUGUGAAUGAAAAGGAGCAUUUUUGACAGUAUUCCGCAUAAUUUAUGUACCAAAUAAAUUUGCCGAGGCUAUGAGUUUGCCUGGGUGCUGCUGCCCCUGCAGAAGUUUCUAAUUUUAAAGUGAGACCCUCUUUAAAUAGUUUUAACUAGCAGGCUAUGGUCCGCUUAUGGAAUGGAAUCUCCAACAAUGAGGAGGGCUCAUAUGAAGCUGCUGUUAAGUUUUGAGUAAAGACAAACCGCAACACAUGCUGGAAUGGAAAAUUAAGAGUGAAUGAGUCCAAGAGCAUUUUAAAUAACUGAAUUUUUAUUCCACAAAUUUAAAGCAGUCAAUAAAAGACACUGGAGAGGAAAUUGUCUCACUUGCAUGGAGUUUUCCAUUUGCUUAAUGGAUAUUCAGAAAAUGGCUCACGGGAAUAUAAACACUGCUAAUAAUAGUACAAUUAUUUUUUAAUAAUCACUAUAAAUGAUGACUGGUUCCAAACGCAUAUUCAUAAUGUAACAGCACUUGAAAAAGUAAAACAUUUCUUUGGACAGGAAACUGCUUGUCAUUCCAUCUCAGGCGAUAUAAAAGAAUUUCUGAAUUCAGCGGAUGAAACAAUUGAGCGUCACUUUUAUUCUCAACUCAUUUCCGGGUGAAACUAACAACAAAUUAAAUCAAGUGGACAAUUAUGUAGUUAUCUGUCUACGUACAAUUUGGCUGUAACUGUAUGCAGGACAACCAUUAACUGCUUAAAAAAAAAGUCCUCCUAUCCAAACAAUACAUAACCAAACCAA